UGUAGGGUAUAUAGCUGUGUGUAAAAUGAAUGUAAAAGUUAUUCAGAUUCCAACUUGUGUUUUUAGUAUUCAUGUGUUUUAUCUAAGCAGUAACUACUCACCUACUUAUUGCAAAAUAUUUACCUAUUCUUCCUAAAAUGAAUUUUAUAAAACGGCGCUCGCUGUGGCGUGAUCUACUGACCCUGCGGCGCGACCUCCACGGCCAUUCGUGUGUGCGACUGUCGCGCGACAACAAGCACCCCACCAUGUCCCAGUCACAGGGACAACUCAACCAGCCCAACCCCUCCCAGGGUGAGGUGAAGAGGGCGUCUCAGGGAAAAGAAUCUCAACCAAAAGUUGAAUCUCAGCCCAAGGUACAGUCGCAGGCGCAAGUCCAAUCUCAGGCGGCGGUGAAGUCGCAAGCGCAGUUGCCAUCGCAAGGAGUGAUCAAAUCUCAAGCUCAAAUGCAGUCGCAGGGCGUAAUCAAGUCACAGGCCCAGUUGCCAUCACAGGCGGCACUGAAAUCGCAAGCACAGUUGCCAUCUCAGGCGGCACUCAAAUCUCAAGCACAGUUGCCAUCACAGGCGGCACUCAAAUCUCAAGCACAGUUGCCAUCACAGGCGGCACUCAAAUCUCAAGCACAGUUGCCAUCUCAAGCGCAGUUGCAAUCGCAAGCGGGAUUGAAGUCCCAAGCGCAGUUGCCAUCCCAGGGCUUCAUCAAAUCGCAGGCGCAGAUGAGGUCGGUGCCUAUAAUAGGCCCCGCGACGCCGCCUCCCGAGCCCUCGGGUCCUCUUCACAUGAAGCCCAACAAAGUGAUUGUCACCUCACCAGAGAUCUACAGACCGGUUGGACCUUACAGCCAAGCAGUGUUAUCGGACAAGACGCUCUACGUCUCGGGGGUGCUCGGGCUGGACAAGGACGCCAAGCUGGUGUGCGGCGGAGCGGCGGCCGAGGCAAGGAAGGCGCUGGACAAUCUACAGCACGUGCUGGAGGCCGGCGGCUCCUCGUUGGAGGCGGUGCUCAAGACCACCAUACUGCUAAACAACAUUGAGGACUUCCAAGCCGUCAAUCAAGUUUAUGCUGAAUACUUCACGAGGAACUACCCGGCGCGCGCCACGUACCAGGUGGGCCGCCUGCCGCUGGGCGCCGCGGUGGAGAUCGAGGCCAUCGCCAUCAGCGGCUUCCUCAUGAUCGCCGAGGCCGGACCCUGCCCCUGCGCCAAGUCCUAGCCAACCCUAAUUGCUCACCACACUAAUUUGAUGCGAGAUAAAACACGAUUUAUGAGACUC